UCGAUUAUGCGCGCGAUUGUUUCGCGGUAUAGAUGCUUCAGAGGAUUUUGGGAGGUAGCGUGGAUUUAGUUGGAGAGAGGGGAGGGGAGUGUUUGCUUUGGAAGGUGGAUGGAGAGACUUACUGCAGAGAGUGCGUUAGUGAGUUCUGCGACUCGUUUCGGAGUUUCGCUGAAGUUUUCGAUGGUCUUGGUAGUGAUGGCUAACUGAUUUCUUUUGGCGGAGUAGAAUUGAGUUGUUUUAAGAUUGGAAGAUAGAGCAAUGUGACGAUCAUUUGGGACGCCAGUUAGUGAUUGUGCAUAUGAAGCUCGCUGAGGGAGGGUUGGAGAGAAUAAGAGACUGGCUGGUCGAGUGUGUGCCUCGCUUGUCGUGUGAAAAUUCCCAUCACAUGUGCUUCAGGGAUAUCAAUACAAUCAUGUGCUUACAAUCACAGGCCGAGGCCAAGAAGGAUUGCUCUUCCUUGGACUAGUUUGUUUCUUCACUUCUUCAUGCGAGUCAUCUCCACGCCUCGUCGAACUCGAGUGAAUGGCUUGCAAAUGUUAGCCUCCAUGAUGUCAAUGAUUGUGCUAACAGUCACUCAGUAAAUUAUUGAGCAAGCACUUAAUUAGUUAGUAUGUACUUAGCUGCUUAGUAGUGACCUUAUUGUUACAAAUCGAAACUGGAAUCAUUUUUAGCAGUUAAGUGCCAGUACCGGACAUGUUUCCAGGCUAUAGUACUCUCAGCAGAUGUUCGUAGAGGCGAUUCAUUAAUGGGAUGUCAGUUUUGUGCAUAGCUCGUGGUUUAAAAUCAGAACGUGCGAAGACGUUGUAGUGGAGCGUUACUGACCAAACAUAAUCCAGUUUUGAAAGCCUUUUCUGGCACUUUAGGUUGCAAUUUUUUUGCAGCUGUGUGUAAGAAUGCUAAACAAAUUUUCCUUCAACUUUGAGCGUCAACAUCUCACUAAGUGCCUUUCUCACUGGAAAACUAUGGAAGAACGACUCGUGCCCUCGGUUGGAAGGAGCAAAGCGAGUCUCUUCCUGUGACUGAGUAGCUCAGUGAAUAAAUCAGUUGCUGGGAACUACGGGGAUAUCAGAGGCCCUAAAACUCAGCUUACAGGAGCUAAUGAAGGAGUGUAGGUUGACCCAAUUUCUGGGUGGAGACUUAUGCUACGCCAUGAAUCGACCUCUCUCGAUUACUCGUGUGGUGCAAAUUGAAAGUUAAAUCUGCAGAAAAAUAUCACAACGUAUGAGCAUUGCAGUGGAGAGAUCAAUCUUCCUUAUUUGAGGUUUGGAGGCAGCUUACGAUGGGGGCUCCGGGUCCACCAGGGGGUUAUGAUCUUCACAAAUACUUCAGAGGACCAACUCAAAGCGCUUAUCCACCUCAAUCGGGUGGCUACCAACCCUCAUCUCCAGGCAACUCUUUUCAUCAUCAGCCUUCUCAUGGCUCCUAUCCACCUGGGAGCAAUUCUCCCAGCAGCUUCCCACCAAGUUUGAAUGCGUAUCCUCACGUUCAAAUUUCAAACUACUCAUACAAUGCUACGCCACCUCAACAAUCCGGCUCUCCAGUGUACCAUGGCCAACAGUUCAUGCAUUACAACCAAGAUCAUGGGCUUCGCACUCAGGUCCCUUAUUCAACUUCUCCUUUCAGUCAGCAAGCUGCGCCACCAUUUUCUCAACCUCCUUCAUCUCCUUCACACUCUAACCAACCUCAAUCUUCUCUUCCUUUGCCAUCGUCCAUUUCCUCUAACCCCAAAUUCUCUCAAACCAGCUUGCCGUCUAGCCCUUCUAGUCAUCCAUUUGAUGGACCGCGCCUCAUGGCGCUCUUAACUACUCAGCAGUCCGGAGGUCAAGACGCCCACGAUGAUCACGAAAAUCCAUCUAUACCCGGAGUUCCCCGUAGCUCUCCCAGGCUCUUACCCUCGUCGAGACAAACAGAUGUUUCGUCUGGCAAAGAGGUGUGCGGUCCUCCACCUCCAAUGUCUCCAGCAUUGCCUUCAGCACCACCUGUUCCUUCUGCAGCACCAGGGCGGUUAUCCUCGAAAACUUCCAAGGGACGAUAUCUUAGGGGCGAACAUGUCAUUUAUGAUGUGGAUGUACGCAAACCGGGAGAGGCACAACCACAAUUGGAAAUGAGCUCGAUUACCAUGUACGGAUCAGAUCCAGGCCUGGUACUGGGAAGACAGAUUGCAGUGAACGAAAAGUACAUAUGUUAUGGAUUGCGUGACGGCCGUAUUCGCAUACUCAACAUCACAAAUGCACAGAAAAUAUUGCUUCGCGACCAUACACAGAGAGUAUCUGAUAUGGUUUUCUUUUCAGAGAGCGCGCAUCUUUUUGCAAGCGCGAGUGAAGAUGGAAGAAUUUUUGUACGUCGAAUUUAUGAAGGAUUUGGGGAGGAUGGGAAAAUAACAGCGAACAUUCUUCUCGGUAUUCAACUUGUCGGGGAUUGGGAAAUGUGUCAUCCUCGUCUGUGCUGGCAUCCAAGUACGCAGGAAAUUAUCUUCGUUGCGAUUGGAAAAUAUGUUGUCACAAUUGACAUAAGCAAGACGGAGCAAUCCACAGGCCAUGACGGAAUCAAUUCAGAACAUCCUCUUGUAUGUCACUUAGGGAGUUCUCACAAAGGAAUCUCAGUGACUGGACAACAUGAUGAUGUAGUCACUGAUUUAUGUGUCCCUGCUUCGGGUCCAUUCCGUUUGACAUCAGCCUCAAAAGACGGCACGGUACGCGUUUGGGGAGAACAGAAGAACUGUCUUUCUAAGUUCACACCAUACGAUGGAAAUGCUGUGGAUGCAGUGCGCUAUAUAUCCGCACCACAAAGCACGGGUCGGCAGUUUCUGCUUACAGGGGGACCUUCGAAUCAGAAUAUAAAACUCUGGAACCGUGAUGAACUGCCGUCUAAGUCUAGUCAAGAUGUUUGGAAAUGCAUCCAGACACUUGAGUUCCAAAGCUCUAGCAUUUGCAAACCGGAGGAAUCGUUUUUCAACCAUAUUAUUGGGGCGCCUCGAGCAGGUCUCAUUUUAAUUGCUAAUGCUAAGAAGCAUGCAAUUUAUGCAAUUUAUAUAGAUUUCAACUCUUCCUCUGUCGCUCCUCGAAUGGCCUAUUUGGCUGAAUUUUCGGUGGCGACACCAAUCCUUAGCUUCACAGUUACUGAUAAUUCUGUCAACGAAAAGGGUGAGGGCAUCAUUAAGGUGUUCUGUGUUCAGACGCAAGCAAUUCAACAGUAUGCGCUUGAUUUAUCACAAUGCUUACCUCAUACUUUAGAUGAGUACCAUUCGGAGGGCUCUACUCCUAGCACCCCUAAAAAAAGCUUUAGUGUGACACAGGCACAAUGGACUCUAACUUCAUCUGCUUUCCCUGCACUUGAGAAAGGUCACCAAAAUCUAAUGACCACUUCGAGCUCCGCAGGAGUCACAAUCGUGCCUUCCUUGGGUGCCAAUCCUGGUAUUCCUCCAAGGCCCACAGCAUUUGGCAGCUUGGUUGAAAUCGGGGGUCGUAUGCAACAAUAUGUGACAGAAGCAAAUAGACUAACCGAUGCGACAAAAGCGAUCUCACUUGUGCCUUCAAAAGAAUCUCAAGAUGGAAUAGCGAAAGCAAUAAAUCCAACUUUUGCAGAAGGAUCACAAUCAAGUCCUAGAUUGAACUCAAGACCGGAGGUUACGAGGGAAGUCCUGUCAUCCUCGAACAUGGUUAAACCACCUGCUCCAAUUGCACGGAGGCGUUCAAGGUCAAGAAGUCCUGCGAGAGUGACCGAUAUGCAGUACGUAUCCGCGCAUAGUACUUACUCGAAGCACAGAGCUGAGAAAGCAGAAAUGGGAAGGGACAUGUGGGUGGAGGGGGACGGAACAGAAGCGCCACCUUCAGCACCAGUUGACUUGGAUCGUACUUCUUCAAGUAGCCAUUCUGUUGAGGAUGAAAACUAUUCGAAAGAGGAAAAAGAAGAGGUUCAAAGUAGCAGUGGUUUGCAACCAAGCACCAUUCAGCAGCUUCGAAGCCCCCAUUUAAUGAGCCCUUCUGACAUUUUGUCCCUUGCCGCAUGCGCCAAAGGAGAAGUUGCCUCUGUUCAAAAUGUUUCAGAAGAUGCUCCUACUUCAGAUGGAGCCUCAAAACUUGUAGAUGUGGAAGAUUGGCAAGAAGAUACGCGAUCGAGUCUUUUAUUUAAUCUGAAAAAGCUCGGCAGUGGAGCUAUUCAUCAGAAUAAAAUUGCCGACAUAUCAGAUGACCCUAGAGAAGAUGCGGUCGAUGGCUCUACAAUAGCCUCAAUUUUAGGAGCCUUUGAGGGAGUUGAUGAGAGCGGCACUCCGUUCAUUGAAAAAGACAUAGCAGUGGUCCAGAAUGUGGGCGAAUACGAAACUGAACUUGAAUUGCCCGGGUUUGCGACUAUGGCAGGUUGUGAUGACGUCCAAACCGACAAGUUAAUGGAAGAAAAGAAAUUAUCUUCUGCAGAUUCAGAUUCAAAACAUGAACUGAAAAGUGUGCUGGCAAAGCAAUGUGAAGCGGGUGUUGGUAAUUUUACUGCUCAACAACCUGUAAAAGGAAGGAAGAGUAAGAAUAAGAACAACGUCGCUACUUCAGGCCUACCUCUGAUCACUAAUCCCUCACAAUCCUCCGCGGCUCCUGCAACACUGAGUGAAUGUGAAACGGUGUCAAGUCUGAAUUCGGCUCUAUUGGACCCUGGCCUAACAACUCAAAUUGCUACGAUGCAAGAGUCACUAAAUCAGGUGCUUGCAAUUCAAAGGGAGCUGCAGAAGCAGAUGACAGUAUUGACAGCAGCUUCCCUUUCUAAGGAAACCAAGAGAUUGGAAGGCGCUUUUGGCCAGCGUAUGGAGAAGAUUGUUAAAGCAAAUGUGGAUGCCAUGUGGGCACGGAUCGGUGACGAGAAAGGGAAGAGAGAGAAGCAAGAUCGUGAUAGAGCGCAGCAAUUCUCUACAUUUAUAAGCAAUUUUAUCAGUAAGGAUAUGCCAGCUGCCUUGGAAAGAGUACUAAAGAAGGAAAUAGCUUCUCUCGGGCCUACAAUUACUCAGUUUCUGCUUCAACCUCUCCAAAAAUCAGUGUCCACAGGAGCGACUGAGACUUUCCAGAGUGCUAUUGAAAAAAUUCUGCCACAGUUUGAGAAAACAACACUUGCAAGGUUGGAGGCUGCUAUGAUCAGGCAACUCAAGACUCAAUUUCAAACGACUGGGAGACAAGCAAUGCAGGAAUCACUUCGGAGUGGCUUUGAGAGUUUAGUGAUACCAGCAUUUGAACGGUCUUGUCAAUCCAUGUCAGCACAGCUAAGCACUGCCUUCUAUAGGGGUAUGGCUGAGCAUGCUUCUGAUGGCCAGCGGCAAUGUUCUUCAGCAGAUACUACUCUUGCCACUACUCUUCAGGAAGUAAUUGGCGACGCCUCAGCUUUAGCGGAAGUCUUGAAAGAGGACUUGAAGGAUAGCACUGAAAAGCUUCUCGAUCUUGUGGAAGCGGCGAGUGUAAAUGUGUCGCGAUAUGGCGAGAUUCAGCAGAGCAAAGGGAGCUUACCUGAAAAGGCGCUCUCGGCACAACAAUUGGAACAGACUUUAGAUCCAACCAUUGAGCUACGCAAACUGGUUCAUGAAGGAAAAAUGGAGGAGGCCUUCAACAAAGCACUGUCAUCUAGUGAAUUUCAACUGGUUUCUUGGCUGUGCCAACAGCUUGACCCCAGUGACCUUUCAACGAUGCCUCCGCCUUUGAGCCAAGGAGUGUUGCUGUCUCUGGUGCGAAACUUGUCCUUUGAUCUGCACAAGGACACAGGGCAUAAGAUCCAGUGGAUUAAAGAGGCGGCACUAGCCCUGGAUCUCAAUGACCCUCGCUGGAUUCCACAUAUGCGUGGAUGCCUGGAACAAUCCUACCUAAACUGCCUACAAAUGAUGGAUGUUGCAAUGAUGCAGUCCGAGCAGACAGCAUUAAAGCUUGUUGUACAUAUCAUCAACUCUUUGCUAAGUUCUUGCAAAUGACAGGGGAUCUACGGCGCCGAAAUUGAAUUGAAGGUACUUCUACUUUUAUAACCGUUGUUCCACGAAGAAUGGUAAGCACAGACCAAUCCUGGGGAAAACUUGAAUCCUUGAGCUCUCGCUAGAAUGUGGUCGGGGUUCGUUUGAGAUCGUCGCAGACAGGAACAUGCACACAUUCUCUUGUCAAAUAGGAAGGAAGGCUUCUGCAAUGCCCUGCAGAAUUGCGGUAGGCAUGACCUUUGAAAUAGCCCCUAUUUGAGAACUUCAGAGCCGAGUACGUUAACAAACCCCGAACAGAUAUACAAGCUAUGUUGCUUUAAUUCUCUUCCCUCCUUAUGACUGGGGAUUAAACGAAGAACGAAGACACACUCCCUGCAAUACCCACUUCAUGCACCUGUUUCAAUUCGUAGCUUGAGGCGUGCCCAACGUUACGAGUUCUGAACUCUUUUAAGGUAUGCAGGCAGACAUGCAGUGUGCGUGAAUCGGUUCUCAUGACCCCGCUUAUUCCAGUUGGCUUUUGAAUAGUGCAUGUGGAAGGCAACAACAGGACCAAGUUUUGGUACAAAUGGCACUUGGAAGGGGGCCAAGCACAUGGUAGUUUGUGGAAAUCAUCAAGAUGACCUCUGUGCUGAUGUUAACAGUACUUCUAUGUUGUUCUCCUUGAGAGAGUUCAACUUUUAACUAAUCUACAGUAAAUGAUUAGAGAAUAUAAUGAGGUAUAGGAAUUCUUUCAAAAUAUUAUACUUUUCAAGCUGUGUGUUAUGUUUGAGUAAGGUUUAAAUUAUAUUUAUGUAUGAUGGAGUACUUUUCUUCUUAAUUCCAUCCAUUGUGAAGAUAGAAGAUUGGACAAAGGAACGUAAACAAGACAUCCAUCCCAGGAAGACUAUGUUAUAUAUUGGUUAGGCCUUUUUGAUUUUAUAAAUUUAAUUUGGUGUGUAUUUUGCUAAUAUAAAUGGUAACAGAGGUUGGAUAUUUUUGUCCUUAA